AUGGAGGCCACAGACCCCCCUACUCUCUCCUCCCCGCUUUCCUCUCCUUUGGGAAAGGACGUUUGCCCGGUUAAAGCGGAGUUCCUCCGCGCGGCGCCGGAGCGCGUGAGCCUCGACGCGGAGGGCCGCACCCGCGGGAUGAAUAAAGGCGCGGCGCGCGAGCACUCCGCCUUCGUCGCGGGCACCCAACGCCCGACGAUGGCGGGGGAGGAAAAUUUCUUCAACGGCCCCGCCCUGCGCGCGAUCAAGGCGGCGGUGCGGUGCGCGAAACAGGGCGAUCGCGUGGAACCCGAAAAGCAGGGUAAUGCCGUGGAGCCUAAAAAAGAGGUGGGUUGUGUUAAGCCCGAAGGGGCGUCUUCGUCGGACCCCCUGCCGCCCCCCUCGCUCGCGGCGAUCCCGCGGAAACGCCCGCGCGACGGCGGCGAUGCCGCAGGGGCGGGGUUGGACCCCCCCCACGGGCCCCCGCAAAGCGAGGAGGCCGCGCGUGAGGCCGCCGCGGGGCGCCGCAGCAAAGCGCGGGAUCUCUUCCGUGAUAAACUCGUGUUGGCGCCGCUCACGACGGUGGGCAAUUUGCCCUUUCGCCGCGUCUGCAAAGGUCUCGGGGCGGACGUCACGGUGAGCGAGAUGGCGGUGGUGCACAACCUGAAUCGGCUGCAGCAGAGCGAGUGGUCGCUGCUGCGGCGGCACGCCUCGGAGGAUCUUUUCGGGAUCCAACUCGCCGUCGCCCGCGCGAGUGAGGCCGCGAUCUUCGCGCAGGCCCUCGAGGCCUCCGGCUUCACCUACGACUUCCUCGACGUGAACUGUGGGUGCCCGGUGGAUCGGAUCAUCAAGUUUGGCUGCGGGUGUGGGCUUUGGGAGCGGCAGGGGCGGAUGCGGGAGGUGGUGAUGGCGCUCGCGCAGCACCAGUCGCGGCCGGUGUCGAUCAAAUGUCGAAUCGGCCCCGACGAGGACGCCCCGUCGCUGCAUCCGCAGAUCCACAAGUACGCGGAGUGGGGGGCGUCCGCCGUGGCCAUUCACGGCCGCUCCCGCAAGCAACGCUACACCAAGUUGGCGAACUGGGAUUACGUGGAGUACUGCGCGACGCUGACGGACCUUCCGGUCAUCGGGAAUGGGGAUAUUUUCUCGCUUGAAGACGUUCAGCAGCAUCGCGCCGCGCGGCCACACAUUACGUCCUUCAUGAUCGGCCGCGGCGCGCUCAUCAAGCCUUGGAUUUUUGAGGAAAUAAAGUCGGGGCAGCUGAAGGACAUCAGCGCCUCGGAGCGGCUGGAUCUGCUGAAGGAGUUCUGCCGCUUUGGAUUGGAGCAUUGGGGCGCGGACGAGCGUGGGGUCCUCACGACGAGGCGCUUCUUGUGCGAGUGGCUCUCAUUUUUGCAUCGCUACGUGCCGGUGGGGUUGUUGGAGCGGCUCCCCCAGCGCAUUCAUGACCGUCCACCUUACUAUGUGGGCCGCAACGACCUGGAGACGCUCAUGGGGAGCGAUAGCGUGGUGGAUUGGAUACGAAUCAGUGAGAUGUUGCUUGGCCCUGCGGGGGAUAAAUUCCGAUUUACGCCGAAACACAAGAGCAACAGCUACGAACGCGCUGGUGUCGCGGAGGUUGUGGAGGGGUAA